GACGAGAAGAAUCUCUAGGUAUAAAAGCAUUCAAGUCCUCUGUCUAUUCCCACGAAACCAUCCAUAAAGGAACAACCCAAAGAUUGCAUCCAUUCCAUUUCCUUGCGCUGCAUCAAAAAUCUCUACAUAGGCUUGAAUCACAAUGUCUUUUCGCUCUAUCUUGUCUCUUGCCUUGGCCUCCAAGGCUGCCCUGAGUGCUGGCGUGGCUCCUCGGGACACCUACUACUGCACCUUCUACACAGACGACCUCUGCGAAAACCGCUCUGGCUCCGUCAACUAUGCCACCAACAACGAUGGCAUUUUCCAGAACGGUGGCCCCUACUUUUCCUGCCACACCCCUGAUGAGAUCAGUCUAAUCUCUUACCCACCUGGCGACUCGAAUGGCGACAACCCUGAUCACUGCCACGUCUUUGCACCCAAUGAAGCCGACGCAUGCACACACCUCGACGAUUUGGAUUUCACAACUGGUGACGGAGGCUACUAUCGCAUCACAUUCGACAAGACCUGCCCCUCGGUCUCUAAACGUGAAACGGAAAUGCCGAAACGGAAUGCAAACUAUUUAAUCUUUUACGAUGACCCUGCAUGUGAACAGCAGAGUGGAAGCGUUCAUUAUUCUGUUGACAAUCAGGGCUGCUUCGAAAAUGGUGGCGCUUAUGCAGCGUUUGAUGGAGGAGACGAUUUCGAUUGGCAUAUUGAGCAGUACUCGGGUACUGGAGAUUAUGAAUGCACACCCUCCAUGGAGGCAUGUGUGCAUUCGGACCCAUUUGUUACGUCAAUUCCUAAUCCUUGUGUGCAUCUGGAUAGUAUCGGAUUGAAAUCUGGCACUGACAAUGAGCUACUAUCAAACUACUGCAGUUAA